AUGCUGCCCCAAGAAAUACUUUCUCUGCUUAUGCUGUUCUGUGUUUUCAGGGCUUCUGUUUCUGUUCCGGAUGAAGAUGAUGACUAUGAUCUCAUGUACGUGAAUCUGGAUAACGAAAUUGAAGGUCCAGUUCUUGGUACUGAGGAAACUGUUUCAUGUGACUGCCAGCGAGAGCACACCGAGUGGGACAAGCUCUUCAUCAUGCUCGAGAACUCGCAGAUGAAAGAGAACAUGAUGCUGCAGGCGAUGGAUGAGACCCUGAAGGUGGACCUGCAGACCCUGAAAGCAGAGCUGAGCCAGCUGACCACCAACCUUGCGGCCACCUUCGCCGCUGCGGUCGAGAAAGUUACCUCCCACAUCGUGUCACAGGUAGAGCACGCGCUUGUGAGGAACAGUGAUCAAGCUGAAGAAGUCAAGAGGCUUCAUGAGUCUGAGCAAGGAAAGGUUCUUGAGCACGUUCUGCUGCUGAGCCACAACGUGUCCAGCAGGCUCGGCCAGCUGGAGAGCGCUUGGCUGAGGAGGUCCGAGGUGGAGGCUCAGGAGACAGCUUUUCAGNNNNAGCAGGAUAAAUUCAGUCCCGCCAGAGGAGACAAUCUCAUUUUGAACUCCCUGUGGAAAGAGCUACAGCAAACCAGAGCUGAACUGAAGGCAUCGCAGAAAUGGGCGGCUCAGCACUUACUGCCAGCGGGGUGUGAAACAGCAAUUCUAUUCCCCAUGCGUUCGAAAAAGAUAUUUGGGAGCGUUCACCCAACUGCUGGAAUGACCCUUCACUCCUUCACUGCUUGUAUCUGGAUCAAGGUGACGGAGGCUUUGGAGAAAACUAUUGUCUUCUCCUAUGGAACCAAGUUAAAUCCAUAUGAAAUCCAGCUUUAUCUCAGCCGGGACUCUGCAGUGCUUAUUGUUGGCGGUGACCAGCACAAGUUAGCUGUCAAGAAUGUAGUUGUUCCUGGGAAGUGGAUCCAUCUCUGCGGUGCCUGGAGCUCGGAGAACGGAUCCGCAUCUCUGUGGGUGAAGGGAGAGCUCGCAGCCACCGCCUUGGACAUUGCCGAUGCUCACACCAUUCCAGAUGGAGGGAUUUUGCAGAUUGGUCAAGAAAAGAAUGGCUGCUGCGUUGGAGGUGGAUUUGACGAAGCUUUAGCCUUCUCUGGAAAAUUAACUGGCUUUAACAUGUGGGACAGAGUGCUCAGUGCCAAAGAGAUAGCAGUGCAGAGCGGAGAAGAUGCGUGCAGUAUCAGGGGCAACAUCAUCGGGUGGGGAGUCACAGAAGUUUUGCCAUACGGAGGAGCCCAGUACGUUUCUUAA